UUUUUUUAAUGGAGCCUUCACAACUAAAAAGUACACAGUGCAAACAAGCCUCGCUUCUUGACCUAAAUGCACAGUACAAACGACUCUUGCCCCUUGGCUUUUUUGUGCCCAAACAGCUGUUGGAACCAGCCUGGCUCCUGCUCGCCGGUGUAGGCGCUGCUUUUGUCAGUGCGGCCUCAGGCGCUGUAUGGGCGUUUUUAACAGAUACGCUAAGCUAUUUUAGCACUCUCUUCGUUACCAGCGUGGAAAUAACUAGUCGAGAUGAGAGCUACAGCUGGCUGAUAGAAUGGUUAAAUGAUCAGUCCUGGGCUGCCAACUACCGCAGGGUAACACUGCUGACGCAAUAUGUCGUGCGCAACGAAAGACCGUCCCUCUUAUUUACACCUGAUGUUGGAAAGCAUUUCUUUUGGUACAAAGGGUGCAGGAUUUGGAUGAAGAGAAUGAGAGACUCCGGUCCGCAAGACACCUAUUCAGCAUAUGGUACAAACCAUGAGACGGUUACCCUCAUGGCGUGGGGGAACAGGCGUAACUUGAUUGAAAAGCUUGUGUUGGAAGCGAUGGAAUACUCGCUCAAAAAAGAGCAAGCAAGAACGUCUAUUUAUAUUCGCUUGCACGGAGCGUGGCAAAAACAGAACGAGCUGGUGCCAAAGAGAUCAUUGAAGACUGUUUUUUUAGCAGAGGGAAUCAAAAAAUCCAUAGUUAGCGACGUGGAAGAGUUCUUGGCCUCCCAGCAAUGGUACACCGAAAGGGGAAUUCCGUAUCGACGCGGGUAUUUGCUCCAUGGCCCGCCUGGAACGGGGAAGACAAGUCUCGUUACGGCAAUUGCGGCCCAUCUAGAUAUGAGCAUCUCAGUGAUCAACUUGAACAGCGCCGAUAUUAACGAUACAGAACUCCUGGUGAUUUUCACGGACGUGCCUACGAGACGGUGUUUGUUGCUCAUAGAAGAUAUUGAUGCGGCUUUGGUGAGCAAUUCGCGCACUAAAGAGAAUUCUGGCUGCUUGGGAAAAAUCACCUUGGCUGGUUUGUUGAAUGCCAUCGAUGGGGUCUCGAAACAGCACGGUAGGGUGUUGUUCAUGACGACGAACCACAUUGAUGUGUUGGAUUCAGCGCUACUGAGGCCAGGAAGAGUGGAUGUCAUUUCUGAGCUGGGAUUGGCUGAUCGCCACCAAAUUCGGCAAAUCUUCGCUAGCUUUUACCCAAGUCAGGCACAUCUUGCAGAAGAGUUUUCGAAGUUAGUUCCUGAAAAGACGCUGAGUAUGGCAGCCAUACAGGCGCACUUAUUACAGUACAAAGGCAACCCUACCGGCGCACUUGCCAAUGCCAAAAACAUUAAGCCUGCAAUAGAUUAGAGUAGGACGCGUUCUGAGUAGGCGAUUUUCCGAGGGAAAAAAAGCACUUGAGGGAUAGUGUACAAGGGGGAGAAUAUAUGCGCUGUUAAAUUUAUUUUAGAUACUAGGAGAAGAUAUGUGCCACACAAGCAAAUAUUUUUUUUUAAAAGCGUUACAGAAAGUCGGCGCAAAUUCCGAAGUACCACCUUUUAGGUUGGUCUCUGCUGGAAAACAGCAAUGGGAUAGAGUAGAGCAGGUCAAGUUGGGCAAAUGCGAACUUUGCAGAGACGCCGAGACCGACCGACGCUCUAAUCAAGUCGCAGCCGCCGCUUCUAGACAGCCAAUUGCACAUCCCUUGGUCUUGAGUGGUCCCAAAGCAAGACCCGAUUUGACAGAAGCUCCGGGCGAAGAUACUGGAGGCAGCGUGUUCGAACAUGCGGUAGGUGAAAUGCAUUGCUAGCGUCCAGUAGUGAUCACCUCUGUAGUGGCCUCUUCCGAGGCGUGGACCCACACCAUAAUACCGAAACCCGUAGAAGGGGUUUGUCUCCGAAAAUGAAAAUCGAUCGCUGAUUUUAGAGGUAGUACCAAACAAACUCUUCAAGGUACCAGCUCGAGCUAUUAGAUGAAAAGCGCAUGUGGAUGAGAGUUUGUAAUUUAUAUUCGAAUUAACUUCUCCUUUUACAUGGUAGACGUCUCCAAUAAGACCAGCGAGUUCGGUUGAGAGAACGAUGCGAGAUCCUUUAGUCGGGAUAAGGCGACUAUCUCGGGUGUCCUUGAUCCAAUUGUAGUAAAUCGAACUUUUCAAGUGACUGCCCCCUUCAAAGGUGAUACAUUCAUCUGAUUCUGGCAUGAUGUCGGUAUUCUUAAAUGCUGCCUCGUAUCCGAAUUGGUGUCUGCCCAUUUGAUAGGAAGGGGAGAUCAGAAUUUGGUGCUCGAUGAAAGAGGAAACUUUAGAGUAGUCGUGCACCAAGUUGGUCACUCGAAAAUGAAUACUUCUCUCUCCUACGGGGUAAUUGAGCAGCAUUUUUUGGAAGUCGAAGUUGUACCUGCUCUUGCCAGAUGUGGUCAUAUAGCUUCCUGAAAUGGUUUCAUAGCCGCCGAAGUAAUUCUUCAGAUUGAUGCUGGCCUGAACAGCGGCCUUAUGUCCCUCAUUUGAGACAUUGACCUUCAUCUCCAGUUGGUUUUUUUUCCGAAUUAUCGAUUUGAGAACGCAUCUCGAAGGCGCGGUGGUUAAGGACUCCAAUAAAGAUUUCUUGCUCACAUCUAAUUCGAACUUGAAGUCAUUCGUUUGACAGCCCAGCGCCCUCAGGUCAUUCAAGACUAAUUUCAGCUUGUUAUAAAACGCGUCGAUGUCUUGGUAGCUGCCGAGCAAUGGAUCUACUAUGAUUUUAUCGUUGAUCCAGGACUUCGUGGCAAUGCCUCGCUUGAUUGCAUCUAUCCAUCCCUUCAGCCCUUUUCGACGCGCGCUUUCGUCGGCGUACUCGAUUUCGACUCGUUCGACUAUAAACGGGGCAUCAAGCUUUCAAAUUUUAGUUAAGAUAGGCCCUUGCUUUGAAAAAGACAGGUUUACUUGUGAUCGGAACAGAAAAAAAAAGUUGAUGGUUUUGCAUACUUUAUCUCCUUUCAUCAGCGAUUCGAGCUGUUAUUUGACCGACGUCGGAAUAUCGAAGAUGAUGCGCAGGAAUGAUGCGGGGAUCCGACUUCACGCCAGAGCCGUGUCCUUUGCAACACUAACCGCAGGGCAGAGACUAAAUUGAAAGAGAGGCCUUACAAGAGCAGUAGGAAAAAUUUUUUUGAGGUGCGGGUACAGUUUUUUUCGGGCACUUCCGUCGUUAUCAAAAAAACGCGCCGCAACGAAGUGGCACAUGAAAGGCGUUACGCGUUGUUUUAUAUAGUAACUAUUUAGAGUGACAACAAGGUGUGGCAGCAUAUUGCGAGAAGCAGAUACGUCAAGUCAGACGAGUCAGAGAAGGCGGAGUCGAAAGACCAGACCGCCAUUUAUCGAACAGCACUUCGUACCGAUUUUCGGUUUCAGGGGUCGCCGACCGAAUUGAUUUACCGCCAUGGAUGACACAUUGUUUCUGAAAUGGUCUCUAGUCUGCCGGCUCGCACAUUAGAUCAAAGUUUCGAAAGAUGUUUCUCAGCGUUUCUACCAGGUAGAAAAACAGGGCUGAAUUAAACGCCAUGCGUUGAAUGGCCUGUGAGAAUCCACCAGCAAAUCCGAUUAAUUUCUCGUGUCUGUAUUGAGCAGAAAAUAGAAAUUAGAAAUUUGCGUCAAAUAGCUAGAACUUUGUGUCGAAUAGCUGCUACAUUGAGAGGAGACAUACUUAUAAGUUUUAACGACAGCGUCGAAAAAGCCGCUGUAGUGGUCACUCGAAACCACAUGGACGUUUUGUUCCCGUAACCUCGCUUUGAUGACAGAUAGGGGCUGAGUGGAGAUGGUAGCCAGGAUUUUCGAGAAACCGCCAGCGAAGAAUGCCUCCCAGCCGCGAAUGGAUCUAUCUGGGUUGCCAGCGACUAAACAUCUAGAUAUAGCAUCAUAAGUGGAUAUCUGCACGGCGCCGUGAUAGCUCGAUAUGAUGGAUGGUACGAGGCCUUUGUAGAACGCGCUGAAACCCUCUUCUGCCCAAAUCUUUCUAAAAGCGUCUGUUUCGAUUGGUUUGUGUCAACGGAUCUAUUUCAGCUGAAAAGGCUGCAAUGAAUUGUGUGUCACAGGUCCACGGCGCACAUACCGAUCAUCCCAUUGUAGUGUUUGGCCGUUCCUGGAGGCACGCAAUUGACAUAUUGAAGCUGUAGUCUGGUUUUGACUACCCAUAUCGGAUUGGUGAUUGGUGCCAGAACGGCGCCAACGAUCGUUCCAAUUAUUAGGGUGGAGGUGGUGCCUGUGUGACCGCUUUUCUCUGCUCGAUUUUUUAAGUUUGUGUAACUGAAAUUUGUCAGCUCAGAAUAUUUUUCCUCUGGACGUAUACAAAAGUGCCAGCAUACCCAUACAGGUAUAGAGACCAAGACAUAGAUGCACCAAUCAGAGCUGGAACUAUGCCCUCAUAAAGGCCUCUGAUACCCUGCCUUUGCAC